CCUGAGGCCUCUCUCCUUUGUUUGCAGGUGGCUGCCUUUUUGCUGUGUCCUCAAGUGGUCCUCCCUUUGUGCAUGCACAUCCCUGGUGUCUCUGUGUGUCCCAGUUUCCCCUUCUUAUAAGGACACCAGUCAGAUCAGACUAGGGUCAACCCUAAGAGCCUCAUUUUAACUUUAUCAUAUCUUUAAAGACCUUAUUUCCAAUUACAGUCACAUUCUGAGGUACUAGGUGUUCAGACUUCCACAUAUGAAUUUCAAGGGAGAGGGGAACACUAUUCAGCCCAUGAGUGAUAAACCAGGAAGUUCUAGUCCUCAAAGCUGGCAUUUCAGAGGUGCUUUAUGGCAGACGGGAGUUUUAUACCUGUUUCCAUUUUUUUCAAACAAAAAUUAUGGCCAUGCUUUAAGAUAAAAAAGCUGAAAUGUUCUGGUUUUUCCUUUGUGUUUGUAUAAAAGGUAAGCCAGAAUAUCUCAACAGAAUUUGGUUCUCCUGGAAAUACUCCAUCGGAUCCCUUCUUUGUGAGAGGAUUCUGUUCAGUUCUUAACUUUAUGACACUCCAAUUUUCACAAAAUAUCUUCAGUUGUCCCUGGCUUUGUUCCUUAUAGACAGCUGCUCACUUAACUAUCAGUACAGACAGCUGCGCCAUGCAGUGCCAUGGGGAACAUAAUUGCAAGCCCAGGAUGCCUUUCAAGAUCUGUAUCAAGAGAUACCAUCAACAACGCUGCCUGCUGGCUAUGCAGCUCAUCCAUUCCUACAGGUCAUGGGCCCCUGAAACUGAAUUCAGGACUGUUCAGAGCAUUUUUUUUUCAAGGAAGAGGAUUCAUAGGUUACAUCUCAUUCCAAUUGUUUCCAUGGCUCCAAAAAGGUGAUGUGCUCUAAACAAACACAAGUCUUCCCCUUGACUAGAGCCACACAGAGCGGCACUGCACAUAGGCAGCCACCAUCAGCUGUUUUUAAGGGAUGUUUGGUGAAGCAGCUCUGCAGAUAAUCUUGUAUUUAAGGAAUAACGUUCUCAUCAACAUUUCCUAACAGUGUCUUCUCCUCUGGGUCCAUUAGAGGAGUUUCUCUCUUUGCAGUGCAUUCUCCUGAUGCUUGUCUUACUCUGUUAGAAACUGAAUCUCUAACAAAACAUAUUUCUCGUUUUCAAAUACCUAAAAAGUUUCUGACCGAAUUUGUGGCCAACCACUUGUAAAUGUACAGGAUUUCAUGACACCAAUUGUAUGCACUUAAAAAAAAAGCUUAAUGCCAAAUUACUUUCCUUUAUGUAAUCUCAUUUUCCUUAUUUUAAUUUAUUUUAUCUUCCUAUACCAUGUGUCUCUUUGUGAAGUGCUUUAAAUCAUAACUUCUGGGUAGGAGCUUUUGAUAUUUUCUCAAUUACUAUGGGUGUGUACAUGGUUCUAUGUGUGUGGGGAAAGAGUUAAAUGUGUCCCUUUUUUCGAGUGACAUGGAGCUUUUAUAAUAUCUUGUAUCCAACUUUUCCCUUUGCAAGAAGCAAAUUUAGUAGAGCCCACUAAAGAAACUUCAGCUUUUUGUGGAGGAAAGUUCUAGUCCCAAUACUUAAGUCACUUCUUGGAACAGCAGUAACUGCUCUUUUGCCUUUUCUCCUUAAAAGAAAACAGCCCUUUGAGGGAAGCACUGGGUGUUGUGUAAGAAGGAAGCCAUCGCAUACUGAAAUCUUCCAGAGAAAUCAUCUUAGACCCUUAACUCGGAACACAUGUACUGAAGGCAAGACCCAUGGGAAGCUAAGAACCCGCUCAAAGCAUCCAGACCACCCCUGGAGGGACGUGGUAGGGGGUGGCUAGAGGAACACUUCAAGGAAAGUUCAUUGCUAAAUUUGUUCCACGCAGGGAACUCAUUUUAGGGCAAGGAGGCAGCACCAUGGACAGUACCAAGUGUAGAGACGCGCUCGGGCGGAGAAAGGCGGCAGCACCAUGGACAGCGCCAACGCUGCGCGCUCAGAGCGGAGAGGCGGGGAGAGGCGGCCCUAUCAGCUGAUGCCUUACGUAGGCUGGAUCCCCAGUUUGAUAAGGCAGGUCUGGGUGGGCGCGCCAGCAUUCGCUCUCUGGAGCCGCAGCCCCAGACAGGGUGAGGAGGGGGAGGGGGAAUAGCAGAAGGCAGGUCCCAGAAAGCAGGUGCCUGCUCGGCUUGCCCAGCACGGAGUUGAGGCUGCAGCCCGCUGUCUGGAGAAAGGCAACGCGGCGAUAACUGCUCUGACGCACCAGCCCCUCUCCUGGCACCCACACGCUCCGGGGCCGCCCAGCUUCUCCCCGACUUGGGAGAUGCUCGGUUCUGGCCGACAAGACUGCUGUCUCGGCGAGGUGAAGAGCCUAGGCAUGUGACAGCUCAGGCGGACCCUGGCUACGAGACGCAGCCCCUGCUUCUGCUUUCCUAGCCUCUGAGGGCUUCAGACCUGGCGCGACUUGCACCCCAGCGCCCUCCCACCCGCUACACCAUCUCCCACGGAUGCUCACUGGCAGGAGGUUGGGGCCAGUUUCACGGGCACUCCCCAGAAACCCCGCCAGUGGUUAGAGGUUGCAAACAUCCGGAGUGGCUCUGGGCGCAGUGGCCACCUUACAUCUUUCUUAACGCCCCUUCGGCACGCACCCUGGGCCGGUCUCCUGACCCAGAGAUGGAUUUACCCGGGAACCUCACCUAUCCUUCCCUCUCCGCUCCCGCUCCUUUGGAAACCAACCGCAGCCUCGAGGCAGAAGACCCGCGCCCCAGCCCGCCUCUCCUCUCUGUCUUCGGCGUGCUUGUUCUGACCUUGAUGGGCUUUCUGGUAGCAGCGACAUUCGCCUGGAACCUGCUGGUGCUGGCGACCAUUCUCCGUGUGCGCACCUUCCAUCGCGUUCCGCACAACCUGGUGGCGUCCAUGGCCAUCUCGGACGUGCUGGUGGCAGCUCUGGUCAUGCCACUGAGCUUGGUGCAUGAGCUGUCGGGGCGCCGCUGGCAGCUGGGCCGGCGGCUGUGCCAACUGUGGAUCGCGUGCGACGUGCUCUGCUGCACGGCCAGCAUCUGGAAUGUGACGGCCAUCGCGCUGGACCGCUACUGGUCCAUCACCCGCCACCUGGAAUACACGCUGCGCACCCGUAAGCGCGUCUCCAACGUGAUGAUCGCCCUCACCUGGGCGCUCUCGGCAGUCAUCUCCCUGACCCCGCUGCUCUUCGGCUGGGGGGAAACCUACUCUGAGGGCAGCGAGGAGUGCCAGGUGAGCCGCGAGCCCUCCUACACAGUGUUCUCCACCGUGGGCGCCUUCUACCUGCCGUUCUGCGUGGUGCUCUUCGUAUACUGGAAGAUCUACAAGGCCGCCAAGUUCCGCGUGGGCUCCAGAAAGACCAACAGCGUCUCACCCUUAUCCGAGGCUGUGGAGGUGAAGGCCUCUGAUCAGCAGCCCGAGAUGGUGUUCACCGUCCGUCAUGCCACUGUCACCUUCCAGACCGAAGGGGACUCAUGGAGGGAACAGAAGGAGCAGAAAGCUGCCCUAAUGGUGGGCAUCCUCAUUGGGGUGUUUGUGCUCUGCUGGAUCCCCUUCUUCACCACGGAGCUCAUCAGCCCCCUCUUCUCCUGUGACAUCCCCGCCAUCUGGAAGAGCAUUUUCCUCUGGCUAGGCUACUCCAACUCCUUCUUCAACCCCCUGAUCUACACAGCUUUCAACAAGAACUACAACAGCGCCUUCAAGAACUUCUUUUCUAGGCAACACUGAGCAUAAGGCCCGGGAUAAGAAGGAGUUAUUCCCAUAACUCAGUGAAAUUUCCAGUUUAAUCUGUUCCCCGUCCCCACCCAGCAGCCACGUGGGAGAGACAAACCCUUAAAGCUAUCCAGGGUCUUCUGCAGAACUAACCAGCCUCACUUCCUCCUCCUAGGCAGGAAUGGGAGUCUCCAUGGGCAGUUUUGGUGACCUCAUUUAUCUACCGUUCCUCACUCUACACCUAAAAGCCACGGACUUUGCCUACAAAGUGCUCUUUCCUCUCCAAAACCCACUCCAGCAUGGUUAUCGUCCUUGUCCCAGAGAAGUCAACAAGGCAGAUGAGAGGGAGGAGAUGACCAAUAUGGGCAGGUUGAGAAUGGAUAGGAAAGAACGAACAAGAAGUCAUAAUGGAACAUCUGGGGCUGAGAAACCAUCAUUCCGGGUUUUCUAGAAUAGUCCACAUUCAAAUAUUUCAUUCUAUGGUCCUGGUAAGUACACCCUGAUACUUAUUGUGUAAGUCCCAAUAUUUGGCCACAAAAUAUUGUCUCCAAACAUAUUAAAGUACAAAACUAAGUUUGCAAAACCAGUAAAUAUUGGCUUUACGGUUUUAUUUAUGGCUAACAUACACACACACACACACACACACACACAAAACUACGGAGGGGGCAAAUGUUCCCAUUGGCAAGUUUAUUCUGAAAUGCAACCCAUCAGCUUGGAAAAAGGAACUAAAAGUCCCAUCAAAUGUCUCCUUCCCUUUUGAAGCAACUGUUCACAAACAAUAGAAAAAUCUGCUAGUUUCACGGAAUCUGUCAAGCUUGCUUAUUUGCUAUGAGUUUCGUUCGUAUGAAAUUUAUUCAAAUGUUGCUGCACCAGGAACUUUGUCCUUGGAUCCUGAGAUGGGAGGAAAAUAAUUAUCGUGAAGUUCUUGACUUCUUAAAGAUAGUUUCAUAACCAAGGACUAUGAAGGCACAUUCACCAAACACGUGCACUUUAAGGGGAUCGUUGGCUAAUUUGCUGAUUGCUACUUUUGUACAGGUAUGUGAACGCCUGCUAUGAGGCCAACGCUCAUGACUAAUGAGAAUGGCAGAAAUACGGUAAACCGUGGCCUCAGUCCUCUGCAAGUUGACACCUUUAUAUAAUUGGCGAGGCAAGACGGUUAAGUGAUGGUGCAGCCUUUACAUGAUCAUGUAACACCCAGGCCAUCACACAAACUUUCAAAAGAUCUUGGGUAAUAAAACUGCCUGUGGUCGGCUAUAUCCCUGAUUCUUUGAGUGCACAAAUUAAAAAGUUAUGCAUUAUAAUAAUCUUUGAAUUAUUAUAAUACAUGUAAUGUACCUGUAUUAUAUUGUAUAUAAUAAAUUAUAUCAAUUAAGAUUUCAAACAUAGGAGAAUUGCAUUCGAGUUCUUGGUUUGAAGUUUAGUCUCAUAUUUACUGCAAAGAUGGUCUUCAUUCAAAGCACGUGCACAGCUCGUGGUACUGGGACCACGGUGCUGAAGGCAGACGUCUCACCCAGGCACUGCAGCGAAUUCAUGGAGGAAUUUAUUUGGAAACGUCCUUAGAUUUUUCUUCUUUCUGUGUAUAUCACUUGAAGUGCCAAACCCACAAAUAUUUUAAAAUACAGACUGUUCACUUCCUCAAGUUACCUCCCAUACUAUUACUUGGAACCAAAGAGACCGCCCAGUGCAGCUGUAUCUCGUGUUGUACCAAGGAAGGUGCUUCUAGAACCUCGUGAAGCACCUCUGGCAGAGAAGGAGACACUCGGACAUGGGGAUCUGGAGGUAUGACAUCAGAAUCAAGGGUAAAGUUCUUAAACGUCCACUCUAUUGGAAAGUCCAUGUGCAAACUUUCGUUCUACUCCAAAAUUUCAGUGUUUGUCUUAUUAUUAAAAGAAAAAUUUAUUUCCUCUAAA